UAACUGCCACCAUGGGUCCUCUGAAUAUCACCUUUUGAUUUUAUCUUAUGGUUUAUCAUCGUAGAUCAUUGGUUGACUGUUUUUGUUUUCUUCUGCAGUUGCACAGAGAGUUGUGCAAGGCACUCUCUGCAAUUUAUUGCAAAAUAAUGUCAAUAUUUCCUUCUUUGGAAGCAGCGCGACCUAGGAGCAAGUCUGGUAUCCAAGCUUUAUGUUCAUUACAUGUAGCACCUGAAAAAUCUAAGAAUGUUCUUCAGCAUUGCGUAGAAUGUAGUAAACUUUACUUGGUAGGUAUUCCCUCAAUAUUGCAAUUGUAGUUUAUGCAGUUAUUGCCACUCCAACAUGUCGACUAAACAACCCUUCUACUAUAGAUGAAUAGAUUUCUCUUUUGGUAUUUAAAUUUGUUUCAUUCGUGGUGAGAUUGUGUGUAAAUUGUGUUCUUUGUAUAAUGGUCAUAUUGUUUUUAUCAUUCAGGCUAUUACUGGGGAUUCUGUGCCCUCAAAAUUUGAAAAGGCAAGAUGUGCUCUCAUGGAUAGUCUUAGGCGUGUUGAAGACAUUGUUCCACAAUCUAUUGGUUGUCAGAAACAAGGAAACGAUGUUAGCAUCAGGGGUAAUUUCGUUGCUGGAGGAAAUGAUCUCCAAUCCCAGUUCUCAAGGACCUGCGGCAGCCCUGUAUCUGAAUCUCUCCUGCCUUGAAGAAGCCAAGCCUAUUAUUGGAACAAGCCCGGCUGUCUCUUUCUUAACCCAGCUCCUUCGAGCCGAUGUUGAAACCCAAUGCAAGCUUGAUGCCCUCCACACCCUGUACAAUCUAUCGGGUGUCCAGUCAAAUAUACCGAAACUUAUUUCAGCUGGUAUUAGCAGUGGUCUCCAAUCCCUUCUUGCGGACUCUGGUGACCAAAUGUGGACAGAAAAAUGUAUAGCUGUUUUGAUAAACUUGGGAUCAAGUAGUUCUGCCGGAGAUGAAAUGAUGUCGAAUUUAAGUCUUAUCAGUGCACUAGCAACAAUUUCCACGGUGGUGUGAAUUUCAGUGUUGUAUCAUCGUUUUAUUCUUUUUGUUCUUUUACUUUUGAAAGAGCGGAAUGUACAGGCCCCCUUGUAAUUUAUGGAUUUUGGUUUCGGAUUUACCUUUGAGGUAGGGAAUACAUACAUACAUACAUACAUACAUAUAUAUAUAUAUAUGUCUUAUGAAUAUGAUUAAUUCAAGUGGUU